AUGCCCCCCGUACCAAUAUACGUGAAAGGCGGUGUAUGGACCAAUGUGGAGGAUCAGAUUCUUAAAGCGGCUGUACAAAAAUACGGAACUCAUCAGUGGAGCAAAGUAGCAUCCCUUUUGCAGAAAAAGACUGCCAGGCAGAGUGAAUUAAGGUGGAAUGAAUAUUUAAAUCCAAAGUUGAAUUUUACAGAGUUCUCGAAGGAGGAGGAUGCCCAACUUCUAGAUCUUGCAAGAGAGCUGCCUAAUCAGUGGAGGACCAUAGCUGAUAUGAUGGCCAGGCCUGCACAGGUCUGCGUCGAAAGAUAUAAUAGGCUAUUAGAAAGUGAAGACAGUGGAGGGGCUGCGUUAAGUACAGGAGUUACUGACUUGAAAGCCGGGGAUAUUAAUCCUAACGCUGAAACUCAAAUGGCUAGACCAGAUAAUGGUGAUUUGGAAGAUGAGGAAAAGGAAAUGCUUGCUGAAGCUAGGGCUCGUCUGUUAAAUACCCAAGGUAAGAAGGCUACAAGAAAGAUUAGAGAGCGGAUGCUCGAAGAAUCAAAACGCAUUGCUGAACUACAAAAGAGGCGUGAGCUAAAGCAAGCAGGAAUUAAUGUUGCCAUUAAGAAACCGAAAAAAAAAUACGGCACCGACAUUGAUUACAAUGAAGAUAUAGUAUAUGAACAAGCUCCCAUGCCAGGUAUAUAUGACACGUCCACUGAAGACCGCCAGAUAAAAAAGAAGUUUGAGCAGUUUGAGAGAAAAGUCAACAGAAAAGGUUUGGAUGGUAAUAAGGAUAAGCCAAGUAAAAAAAAUAAGGACAAAAAAAGAAAACACGAUGAGAACGAACACGUUGAGAAAGCAGCACUGGGUGAAUCUACUACAUUGACGGAUGAGUAUAAAAAACCAAAACUUAUACUAUCUGCACCAGGAACGAAACAGGGAAAAGUCACCUAUAAAAAAAAGCUAGAAAGCAAAAGACAAAAACUAAUCGAGGCACAAGCAACUGGCACUGUGUUGACACCAAAAGAACUACUACCCCACGACUCCGGCCAAGAAGAUAAUGAACGCAGUAAUAUAAAGAGUGGUAAACAGCUAAAAUCACGCAUACGAAAAUUUUUAGUGCAAAUGUUCGCAUCUUUGCCUAGUCCCAAGAACGAUUUCGAAAUUGUAUUAAGUGAAGACGAGAAAGAAGAAGAUGCAGAGAUAGCGGAAUACGAGAAAGAAUUUGAAAAUGAAAGAGCGAUGAAUGAAGAGGACAACUUCAUAGAACCACCAUCUCAAAAUGAUGCGCCACGCGUCUCAUUAGUAGCCGUUCCAUUAGCUUACUCAACGCUACCCAUACCAGAAUUCAAAAACAAUCCGCAGUCCGCGAUUGACAAUAAGUACAACUUGCUAGUCGCGAACGCCAUAAACAAAGAACCUCACAUGGUACCAGAAGAUACGGUAGAUUUUCUCAAAGAGGUGGAGUCGCGUAUGCAGCAUAUAACCCAAGGGCGCACUUCCAUGAAAAUACAAUUCAAAACAGCAAUGCCCCCAACUGAGGUUCUUCUGGAAUCGAUCCAAUCAAAAGUGGAGUCUAUUGAACAGUUACAGCGUAAACUACAACAUGUGCAACCACUGGAACAACAGAAUAACGAGAUGUGCAGUACCCUCUGCCAUCACAGCCUGCCCGCUUUGAUUGAAGGGCAACGCAAGUACUACGCUGAUUACUACGCCUACCGACAAGAGAUACGAUCGCUUGAGGGUCGUAGAAAGCGUCUUCAAGCCAUGCUAAAUUCUUCUUCUUCCAUAUAG